GCGGGCUCAUACGUGCCUAAUCAGCCUGUUCACCGAAGCUUCUCUGCCCUCAGAGUAUAUGAGUACGGAUCCGGGGACACGAGGGAAGACCGGUGUUUCCAAAGUACUCUAUAUUGUAGGGACCUUUGGGAGGGUAGCAUUCAAUGCCUCGGCUUCCUGCCAGAAGUUUGAGCGACGAAGACAGCCCAGAGGCGAAGAGGAGGAAAAUUCGCAAGGGAACCCAUAGCUGUUGGGAAUGUGAGUCCUCUUACUUCCCUCCUUCUUCCGUGGUGGCAGUAAUCGCCGUUACCGGGCCAGCGCUGAACAUACCAUCCCAACGAAAAGGUAGGAGGAGGAAAGUUCGAUGUCAGUUCGCGUCAACUACGGCCACGAUCUGCGUAGGGUGCGAGGCCCGGAGGACUCCUUGUGUGAGCCAGGAGUUUCCUAAUGAACAGCCGCAAGCGCCGGAUCGCGGCCUAUCGCAGAGACUGAGUAGAAUCGAAGGUUUGCUCGAGAUGCUUGUGACGAGGAUUGCACCCAAUGCUUAUAUACCUGGCGCGAGGGAUCAGCGCCCCUUUACAUCCUCCGAUUCGGUCGAAGAUGAUGAGCUAGAUUCAUCAGCGGACGUGCUACGUCCGUCUGCGGCCGACCAUCCUCCUAUCAUGGGUAUCUUCGAUGCCUUGCAAGAAGACGGCGGGAAUUACGCGUCUGGCCGUGCGUCCUUCGUGCCGACUCCGGCAUCGACGCAGAGCAAGGCUGCCGUCACCGUCGCCAUACCUACCAUGCAUGCGCACAUAUCCAAAGCGUUGCACGCGGCCUUCCCCUGCCAGCACGAUAUAGAUGCCAUACUGGCCGCGGGUCCGGGCGCGUUCUUCAUAGUUAAGUUCUUCAACGGGGUUGAUGGGCCAUCGGAGCCUCCGUCCGCCCUUUCGGAGAUCCCGCCAGUCACCAGCCACCCCGCCUUGCUCGCGAAGCGGCUGAUCCAACUGACGAACUGUAUGCAAAAACUGUCCCCCAGCGAGUUGCCGCUGGGUUUGACCUCAAAAGAACCGAUCCGCGCUCAGAUGAACAGGAUGGUUAGCAUCGUCUCAGAGCUUGUCGCGUCUAACGAUGACCUUGUUGGCUCGGUCGAGGGCCUUGAGGCCUUACAUCUCGUCGCCCUAUACCAUGCCAAUGCGGGAAAUCUGCGUAAAUCGUGGCUCGCCUCCCGCCGCGUCAUCGCAGUAGCACAGCUCAUGGGGGUGGACCGGUGGGCGCGGCAGGGGGACGACAAGCCUCUCAGGUCCGUUGACCCGCGAUCGGACCCUUCGACACGGACUCGCGCGGACGGGCUAUGGCACCGGCUAAACUUUUCCGACCGGUAUCUCUCGCUACUCCUCGGCCUCCCCGCUACCAUCCUUGACGACGGCGUUGCCCUCGCCGACCUUAAGCAUAUGUCCCGCGAUGGCCCGUCAGAGGUACAACUCGAGAAGCUGCAUAGUGUCAUCGCUGGCGCAAUCAUCAAGCGUAACGCCAGCAACGGCGGCCACGGCGGCGGAAGUAGGGGAACGACCGCGGCAGAUGCCGCGUUCGGCGCCACGCAGGCUAUUGACCGCGACCUCGAGAUAGCAGCUAAGUCGAUGGGUGCACAGUGGUGGCGCCCCGUCGAGGUGCCCGCGGGCCCGCUGUCAGCUUUGGCGCCGAUCGAGCUCGUCCGCGCACACUCUCACGUCAUGCUUCAGAUGAACCAUCACCACCUGCUCAUCCUGCUACAUCUUCCCUACAUGAUGCGCGACCCCAAGGAGCGCCGUUGGGACUAUUCCAAGACGACCUGUCUGGCUUCUUCGCGCGAGCUCCUGCGCGCGUAUCUUGUCUUCCGCCGCCUUAGCGGCGCCUCCUCCGCCUGCCGCCAUACCGACUACGGCGCCCUGACCGCCGCCAUGACGCUCUUGCUUGGCUACCUCGAUCCCAAGCUGCGCGCGCGACCACACGACGGCCGCGGUCUCAGGGUCGCCCCCGCCGCAGCCACUAUUGCUCGCCAGCGAGCGCUCGACCGCGAGCUCGUCCUCGCUGUCCGGGACACCAUGAAGGAAAUGGCCGAUCGCGACGGCGAUAAGCUCAGCCAAGAGGCCUCUGAUAUCAUCAGCCGCCUGCUACCCCUGACGGAGGUCGACAUGGCGGCAACCGCCGCACUCCCUAGCGUGCAGCUAGAUGCUCCCGUCCGUCUCGAGAUUCCCUACCUGGGCACUGUCAACAUCAACCCGGUCCGCAGGUGGACACCGCACGAGCAGCACCAACCUGGACCGGAUGGUAGUGUAACGCCGUCGUCGACUAUAUAUGGGGAGGAUUAUGCUGCGCGAGAGGACACGUACGGGGCCACCGAUAUACCCGAAAAAAUGCUAUCGGAACCACCCGCCCAGCACCUCCAACCGGCGCCUUCGAGCUUCCUGGCCUCGCUCGGGGGGGACGCGAACUUCCCUUUCAUGCAGAUCGAGCCAGACCUUUCCUCGCAGUACCAAUCGCCUGAGCUUGCAGCCGACAUGGAUCGGUGGACAUUCCAAGGAUUUGACGCUGCCUUCUUCGAGAGUCUAGUUUCAUAGUAGCACCUUACUCUACUGCUAGCUCACACGAAUCGCUCAAAUCGCGUAUCAAUAUGUAGGUACAGACAACGUAUCCGUGUAGGUAUAUGUUUAUA